UCAAAACCUGGUCCCUGGAGCAACCAGCAGAAAUGCCUCUUCCCAGAGAACAGUCCCUGCUCCCAGUUGCUAUUGACUCUCCCUGGCUGGCCAGCCCACAAUAGGUUUGUGGAUCUUAAGUCUUUGUAGUGUUUCAGAAUUUUACUGGAAAGUUGCAUAGAUGUGUCACAUCACAUGUAAUUUCUUAGAUCAGCAUUUCUGUUUAUAUUAUCUAAAUCUGUGGUUUUUUUCAAAUGUGGUAGCAAUUAAAUUAGUUUGACAAAAUCUGAUGUCCAUAACCCCAAGCUGAUUUGUAUUAAUUAUAUUCUUCUCCUUUAAUUCUUAAAGUUAAUCGAACCCCCUAACAGCUGUUACAUCAUUUUCCUAGGAACCAGUGUCAACUGACAAACCCACAAUGACCGGGACAAUCUUCUUUACCCAUUGAAAUACUGGUGUUCCCAUUAAUAUUUGCAGUUUCUCCACAAAUUCCAUGGUCCUGCAAGACUUACUGGAAAUGAACAGCAGUAAUCCAAGACCUUUGUUGUUCAGGUCUCCUAAAACUAUUUAGUAUUAAUUCUCUAGACCUUCCAAUCCACAGCAUCUAAGUUUUGUGUUUACUUUUUAACAGCCACCAGCAGUUCUGUGGACUGAAAAGGGUUUUGUUAUUUCCUAUGACUGUACUGCUUGUUUUUUUCAGUCCACAGAACUGAAAUAUUUAUUCUGCAUCUACCUUUUGUAUUUACUUUUUACAUUAACCGCUCACUGUUACUAUUUCCAUGCAGUAAGGGACUCCUACUAUGGGCAGGAAUCUCUGGUUUGCCUCCUUUUAAAGCACUUCUUCUAUAGAUGUCCCUUUAGUUUUACUGGUCAUACACAUCUCCUUUUGGUCUUUGUUUCCUUUCUCAAUUUUCCAUAAUUCCUACAUUUCUAUUUAUACUAGCUUUAUUUGUUACAUUUUUAUACCGUGCAUUUCAUUUCACCUUCAAUCCAGGUUGGUUCUUUUUAACUAAAACAACUGUUUUGAGUGCAGCCUGUUAAACACCUCGGAGAAUGCUUAAAUAAUCACCGAUACUAUCUUUCUGCAUCCUUUAUUCUUCUGGCUGAGCUGAACAGUGAUCGAUUUCCUUUUGGAAAAACGCUCCAGAUGCACUUAUUAGGGGCCUCAGCUUCGUCCUGUUUGCUGGUAAGCAACGUUAACGUGCUGUGCUCGCUUGCUGCAUCUAAGCACUGCUGGGGUUUUAAUUCUGUGGUUAAUUCCUCUUCACAGGGAAAAUGAGGUCGAAGACCGGAUUCGCCCACCUUGAGGGCACCCUUUUGUUAAUCGAGAGAUCCCCAAAUUCAAAACGCUUCUAGGGAGGGGAGAGGGGAGCAGGUAAAGGGGGAGGCUCUGGGGAGGGGGCCAGGACCCCUCCUGCCAGGCAGCCCAGCCCACCGCGGGGAUGCCACCGCGCUCCCGGGCAGAAGUUGCUGCCCCCGCUCUGCCUGCCCGCCCUGCUUCGCCUGCCCUGCCUGCCCUCCUCCGGGGGUCGCGGGACCCCUCCUGCCAGGCGACGCGGACCCCACGGGGAUGCCAGCGCGCCCCCGGGCACAGGCUGCUGCCUGCCCUGCCUGCCCUGCCUGCCCUGCCUGCCCUCCCCCGGGGGCCGCGGCCGCUGCCGCUCACCUGGCUCGCCCCUCCCAGCCGCCAGCCCCGAGCGGGGCGGGGGCGGGGGCCGGGGCAGGAGCGGGGCCGCCCGGCCGGGAGCGGGGCCCACCCACACCCGCCCGAGACACCCGGCGGAAGGGGAGCGCCCGCGGGACACCCGCACCGCACGGCGCCGCGCCGGGGCAGCUGCGCUCGCUGCCGGCAUGGGGAACAUCACCUGUGUCCCCGAGGCGCCGGCGAGGCUCCGGGGCUCGUUCAGAAGGAAGCCCUCGCUGAAGAAAGAGCAAAAUGGCAAGAAAAAAAUGCCCAGCUUUUUUGGUUUAGAAGGAGGACGGGAGAGAGAGAUGACCACAGACAAAAUCCUGCAGUAUAUCCCAGGAAAGAAUAUUCAGAACCAGGAAAACCAGAAAGAAAACUUGGACCAGAGGUUCCCCAGCCUGUUCAAGAAGGGACGAAGGAAAACGGUUGUCAGGAAUAUGGGCAAAAUGAUCUAUUACUCCAAGGUCAAGUUUAAGUUCCAGCACUGCCAGGAGGUGAAUGACUGCUUCUUGGAGCUGUUCCAGUCUUACCUGUACUUCCAGUCUGUGGGCUCCAGCGGACUCACCUACCAGGGACUGCUGCCUUUAAAAGAGCUGAAUGUGUGUGAAAUUGAGAAUGGGAAGAGCACUGGGCAGGAGGAUCAUGCUUUCCGCAUUGCAGGUCCUCUGCUGAAUCCCCUUAUCGUGUUUUGCCCUACUGAGUCAGAGCUGAAGCAGUGGCUUUAUCACCUGGAGAAACAGAUCCAACUAAACGGAGGAAGCCUUGGCUUGCCCUGCCUCUCUCAGAAUGACUGGAAGCAGAGCUCUAUGGGGAAGGAGGAGUUGCGGUGGUCUGUGCAGAACAUGCCUGUCCAGGAGUGGAGAGGGACCCAGCGGGAAUCCCUAGGCGACGUCCUCUGUGUUUCCAGAGUCAAGCUUCAGCAUCUGCCUUUCCAGGAGCAGCAUGACCGGCUGUUGGUGCUUUACCCAUCCACACUGGUGAUAGUAUCUGAAGAGCGCAACAGCCUCUGUUUUAAGGGUGAGCUGCCACUCAACGCCAUCCAAGUGCUUUUUGAAGAGAACAAGAAAACCUCCUUUUUAAUAGAAGGCCGACUGAUCAAUUCGAUCCGGGUGAUCUGCCGCAGCUAUGAUGAUUACCAGGAGUGGCUCUACUGCCUCAAAACAGCCCAGUUUCGAAAUGCUGACUCCUCCCUCUCUGGAUCAGAGAGUUUCUCAGGAUCAAAGCUGCCACACCCCAGCCAGUUUGCCAGCAGCGGGAGGGGGUCGCUCACUUCUGAUGGCCGUACAAACUCCUGGGCGUCCGGAGGGAGAGUGGCCACCUUAACACACCUCUCCCAGAACAGCGGCUCUCUUCCUGAUGGACAGUCCUUCAUGCUAAUGCCUGAGAGCAGAGUGCUUGAAGACCCCCUCUCCCAUGGCUAUUCCCAGCCUCUCAAUUGCCUGGCACAGGCCAAAUGGCCAAGCAUGGGGCUGUCCGCGCAGGACCUGCGGCGGGGGAGCAGUGCCAGAAAGUCCAAGGGCAAAUGUGGGCCUUGUGGCCAGCAGCUGCCCAGCCAGGACACAGAGAGGACCAUCUGCAGCCUCAUUCCUGAAAAUCCCAAUGGCGAGCUCCUGGUGUCAGUGUAUAACGAGCCAUACUCCGCACACAGCUCACAGCAUCACCCCGCAGCUCCCUCGCCACGCCUGGACCUGAGCAGUCUGAACAGAUGGAGCUUGGUGGGAAGUCAGCCCUCGACAGCUUCCAGCUCCCUGGAGAAGCCGGCCCUGCCCCGCUCCUCCCUGUAUGCUGACCCCUAUAUGCCCAGCUCCCCCAGCGCUCACAGCACGGCAAGCUCCAGCUUCCUGCAAGAGUUCCUGCAGUGUCACGGACAGAUGGGUUCGGCACAGGCAAAUGGAUGCCCAGCCAUCCCGGUACCCCAGCAUCUCUCUCUGCAGAAAAGGAACUGCCAGCCCCUGCCCAGCAGUUGCUACAGAGAGAUGCCCGUGGCUCCCAGUUACAGCACCCCUGGCACCUCGGGCCAUCUCCAGCUGCGGCCUCCUGCUGAUGCUUCUUACCGAGAUGAGAUCUCUUCUCUGCGAGAGGAACAUCUGGGCCCUUCACUGCAGCCACCAGACGGAAAUGUCGGCACAUACGACCUGCCAGAGGCCAGCUGCCCGCACCGUGACUCUGCAGCCUACCAUGACUAUGCCGAGCUCCAGAGCUUCCAGAGUGACUUCAGCUAUGACAACCUGUGGGAAGCUGAGGCGAAGGAGCAAGGCAGCUCGCACAGCUCCCCAGCUCCUGGCCACCAAUUCUACCAGGCCUGAAGAAAGGCCUCCAGAGCCAGGCACAGAAAAGCCCCUGGGCUCUUUUCUCUCUGGGCUUCCCCCCAGGGUGAGGAGCCUGGGGUAUACCAAGCAAAGGGAAGGGCUCUGCUCUGCGGAAGGCUGGUUCCCAUGUCCUGGCAGGUCCGGAGUUCAAACUUCUCCCCUAAAUCUGGGGAUGAGAGCAAAGCACAAAAAUGACAGCCUCUGCGGAGCCAAGGAGCAGUGUGUGCUACGCUAAGGAGCAUGCUCUGUGGUUGCACUGCCUUGGGGAGCCCUGGCUAGGGAAUGGCAUUGCCCCCCUGGAAAUAAAAGGAAGAACAAAAAGCUUGUCAGGCUCCCUCAGAGAAAAGGGACUGGGUGUUCAGGUGGAGCAAUCACUCAAAAGCCAAAGAAAAGGGCUGGCUGGUGGCUGGGUUAGUUUGAUCCUUUUCCUUUUUACCAGAGCCCUCAGGCUGGCCACUUUGGGGAUUCACUGAUCCCUGAGGAUAGCUGUUAAACCAAACCUUCCUCCAUUGCCAGACACAUGAGCAUGCCCCAUCAUGGUGUAUAAGGUUGGCAGCAAUAGGUGUGCUCACAGGAGUUUCUUCCUGCCCGAUCAGGUACCUGACAAGAGAUGGAGAAAAACAGUCUGGAUCUGGGAAGAAUGGGCCUUUCUUUCCACUUAAUGCAAAAAAUUCUUCCCUGCCAGUACUGCCUCCAAACCAUGGUAGUGACCUGCAAUAUUAUGAGCCUGUCACCUUGGCAGGUGGAAUCAAGAAGUGUGCUGCCAGCAAAUAUGCCAAGUGGCUUGUGUUUACCAAGGUCUUCCCUAGAAAGGAUGCCCUAGAUUCCUCUUGGGGGACUGUGCCCUUUCCUUCCACCCCUCUGUCCGUUACUGGGCUCACGCUAAAUUCUGCCUGUGACUAUCUAGGCAGGGAGGGAAGGAAGGAGAUUUCACCACAAACCAAACUCCAGUCCAGCCAUAAUACUCCAGUGAUCAGAGCAAUGCCAGAGUGGGCUGCAAUCUCUCUCUUCCCUCCUCCAGAGCAGCAGCAAGACCAGGAUACAAACAACAGGGGACAGAGUCUCAGUGCUAUCAUUUUCCAGCCUCUUAGGCCAGAUCCUUUAGCACAUACAAGGUCGGCAGCAAAUCCAAAUGUUUUAACUUAAGUUCCAAAUUCUUGACCUUUGUUCCCUAAAGAAGCUGCAAACCAAACAUAUUAACAAAACUCUAUUUUUGUUCUUUCACUGGUGCAAACAAAACAAUCCAGGAGCUCUUUGUACUUGAAUAUCUGUGUAUUACAUUGUACUUUUUUUUUUUUUUUUCAGAAGGUAUCCAACAAAGUUUACAUGCGAGGUUUGAGUGGAUAAUAUGUAUUUAACUUGUAAAUGUGGCUGAGUUGAAGUUCUAUUUAAUUUUCUAGCUGUGGAUGAUGUUCAGUACUGUAGAAUGGGCAGCUGUCUGCACAUUCGUGUGUGUGUUGGUUUGGGUUUUCUAGCUGUUAUUGUUUUGUUUCAGGUUUGCUUUCAUUUUGGGAAGAUUUGUAUCUAGUAACUUAACCCCAAAAGUGUCUAUUUAUUAGGACAAAAUUGCACUAGGGAAUGUCAAAAGCAUGUAGUAUGCUGGGAGGCAGGAGGGUCAUGAGCCCCUAUGAACACGUUGACUUUGAAGAUGGUCACCACAAUAUUUUUAACUGGGUUUCAACAGCGAUACCUGCAAUGUAUCAGAAGGGAAAAGCCCCUCCCUAUUACUGUAAGAGUUCCCUGGUGGACUUCUGUGAGACUGGACAAUUGCAAUACAUGUUCUUCUGGAACAUUU